UAAAUUGAGCUUUUUUAUGGACAUUUUUAAUCAUUUUUGGACAUUAACAUUUACUCUCACUGAAUACAUAAAAAUAUUUCUUAUCAGUUAGAUAUUGAUUCAAAUUAAGAUAUAUUGGCACUUUCACUGUGUUAAAACACCAAACAUUGUAACUAAUCUAACCCUGUAUUUGACGUUAGUUUAGCAGAGACCAAUGCUGCUGCCUGCUCUACUCUCUCUGCUCACUUUAACGGUACACUCAGUAGAUCUACCCCACCUACCUCUAGUCCCCUACCCUCAACAUGUCUCUCUUCUCUCCUCCUCCUCUGCUCUUAUAGACCCCCUCACCUUCACCUUCUCUACCACAUCUAGCAGUGUGCUUCUUAAAGAGGUGUUUGAUCGCUACCACAAGUAUUUGAAACUCCACGAUUUUGUACAGAAACUGAACGUUACUUUGCCUAACCUAGAGGUGGUUAUCAAGGAUCCUGACGAGGAGUUGCUUUUAAUGACCAGUGAGAAUUACACCCUCACUAUUCAAACUAACUCUGCUAUUCUUCAGGCAGAUACAGUAUUCGGAGCUAUGAGAGGACUAGAAACAUUCAGCCAGCUAGUGAACACCAACAACUACUCUCUCCCCACCCUCCACAUAGAGGACUACCCCCGCUACAAGUUCCGGGGCUUCAUGUUAGACACUUCCCGGCACUACCUGAGUGUGGGGGUACUCAAGCAGCUGAUCAGGGCGGCAUCCUGGUCCAAACUGAACGUGUUCCACUGGCACAUAGUGGACGACCCCUCCUUCCCCUACUGUAGCGUGGUCUACCCAGACCUGUGCAGAAAGGGAGCUUUCUCUCCUCACCAUGUUUACUCCCAGUCUGAUGUACUGGAGAUCAUCCUCUUCUCCUACAAACACGGGGUUAUUGUUCUGCCUGAGCUGGACACUCCUGGUCACACCCUUUCCUGGGGGGCCGCCCUCCCUGGCUUCCUCACUCACUGUCCAGGACACGGCAAUAUUGGAGCCCCUUACGGCCCUGUAGACCCUACUAAUGAGGCCGUAUAUCCGGUACUGAAGGAACUGUUUACGGAGAUAACUAACGUGUUCCCCGGUGAGUUCGUGCACCUUGGUGGGGACGAAGUGCAUUAUCCCUGUUGGAAGAGCAACCCGAACAUAACAGCCUGGAUGGCAGCCCACAACAUGACGGGGAACUACGACCAGCUGGAGAACUACUACGAGACCAGACUCCUUAACAUCGUCAACUCGCUUAACAAGAACUACAUAGUCUGGGAGGAGGUGUUCUACCACCAUGUCGACAUUACCCCCCAGACCAUUGUUCACGCUUGGAAACCCAACUGGAAGACCAUAUUCCAGGAUGCGACCGCAGCAGGGUUCCGGUGCAUCCUCUCAGCAGGUUGGUACAUCAGUCGUAUCGCGUACGGGGAGGACUGGCAGAACUUCUACCUGGUGGAGCCCCGCUCCUUCAACGACACGGCUACCCCGGAACAGAAAGCCCUGGUGUUGGGAGGGACUGUGUGCAUGUGGGGUGAGCAUGUAGACAACUCCAAUAUUCUCUCCCGGUUUUGGCCCCGUGCCAGUGCUCCAGCAGAGCGACUGUGGGCCCCAGAGUACCUGACUGAUGUGAAGUUCAUGGAGCCCCGGAUAGAGGCCCACAGAUGUAGGAUGGUGCGCAGGGGGUACCCAGCUGAGCCCACCCUGUCACGUGGGCACUGUCACGUGGAGUACACGUGGGCAACACACCACUAGAAUACUGCUUACUCAGUGUCUGGCAGACCGCCAACACUGUUAAUCAUCCUUGUUUGUACAUUUAGUUUGAUAAUCUUGUUAUAUUAAAUAACUUAUCAAUUAUUAAUGUUAGUUCCUCUAUGCGAUAUGUAUAUUUACUUUUAAUAAUUGUAAGUGUGAACUCGAGUAAAAAGAUCUAUUUCUUCUUUAUGAUUUUAUUCAGAUUUUUUGAUUUGAUAUUUGUAUGUUGUUUAAUGUUUAUCUUCGAUAUAUUAUU